CGGUCGUCUAUCCGCUCGAGACUGGGAUGUCUCACGUGCAAGCGGAGAAAAGUAAAGUGUGACGAGCAGAGGCCACGGUGCAGCCACUGUGAACGCCUGAACCUGGAGUGCAAGUGGCAUCUUGCCAUCGUUGGACAGCAGAGCGUCCAGGAUAGCGGAAGCAGCGUGACACUGAGGACACCCGUGCCGGAAUCAGAGCCACCGUCCAACGGGCCUCUGUUCCAGACUCCGCCUCUCCAUGCCGUCAACCAGCUCUUCGACUAUGCAAGUUUCAUGUGGGAUAUUGGCACCGAGAACGUCUGGCAGCAGUUGAAUCCAGACGCCACCACCACCACCCCAGUUGGGGUUGCUUCUGGCAUGGAGAGGACAACAAGUGCGCCGACGACUGAUCACACCAGCGUGCUCGCCUUUUCCGACACAGCAGUGGCCGAAAACCACCGGCUGAUGGACUACUUCUCGCAGGCGGUGACGCCUCCGAUCCUGGCCGAUGUAGAGACGCAGAAGAACUGGCUGGCGAUGCGACAGAUCCUGGUGGGCAUGUCCAGCUCGUCCAGGAUGGUGCGCUGGGCCGUGCUGGCCUUUUCCAACCUCAUGCUCUGCCGGGGCGACGGGGCCUGGAUGUCGAGCCAGCAGGACCACUACAAGAACGCCACGGCCGAGGUGGCGGCGUGUGAUGAGCAGGACCCAAGGGUCCUGUCCAAGCCCGGCACCCACCGCACGAACCUGCUGGCGACACUCUUCUUCUUGAGCUACAUCGACAUCAUCGAGGACAGGAUCGAGGCGGCCCACUCCAGCCUGAAGAGGGCGCACAACAUCUUCGAGCAUGGCGAAAAGGACACCUUCACCACGACAGAGAAGCAGUUCCUCCUCUGGAUCCGGCUCCUCGAUGCGCGCGCCGUGUCUGCCGGAGGAGAAGGUCUUUUCCUGUCCAAGGACGAGGAGACACUGCUUGUCGACGCAGGGUCGCCCAACAUCCUCAAGGACGCCGUGGAGAACGGCAAGGAUGACAUCGCCCCGGGCGAUAUCGAGGACACCCUCUUCCAGGUGCUCUACCAGCCCGGCAUCGUCUUCUUCCAGAAGGUGCAGAGCUUCAUGGGCCGCAUCUCCAAGAUCGACCCCUGGCACCGCUCGCGAGGCACCGUCGAGGACGAGACCGAGGUCAUGAACAUGGGCCAGGCCAUCGCCGUCGACCUGCGCAAGCUCUACGAGCAGAGGCCACCGCUGAUGGACAUUGCCGUGGCCGGCAAGCUGACGCCGCCGCACAUCUCGGCCCAUCUCUCCUUUGUCGUCACCAGGGCGUUCCGGACCUAUCUCUCCAACUACUAUGCCAGCAAGAUCCACCUGCACAGGGUCGUGUACAAGGCCUUCCCCCUCACCAGCGAGGCCACGGAUGCCCUGCAGCAGAUCAAGAGGCUCACCAGGCUCAUCGUCGAGGGGCUCGACCACGGCGACGCGCUGCCUGUGAAUAUGCUGUGGCCCCUCCUGAUGCUGGGCUCCGAGGAGCAGGACCUGAGGGAGCGGGCCUGGAUCGCUGGGCAGAUCCUCAAGAUGGAGAAGGUGGCUGGGAACGCCAAGAUCACGGCGCAGGUGCUCGAGGAGGUGCAGCUCCGACAGGACCAGCAAAAGGCCAGGGUGGACAUCCGGUCUGUCAUGCAUGCCAUCUUUAACAGGUGUUUUGCCAUAGUGUGA